GCCCUGCAGACCGAGGUGGAGUCCGCUGCGCGCGCGCGCCGCGCGGUGACGUGGGACGGCGUGUGGGCCGCGAUCAAGCGCGCCCUGGCUUGGGAACCGCGCGACGAGGAGUCCCCAGACCUGCCAAACCCAGUCCGCCUCGUGCGGCCGGCAGCGGAAGCGGCCGCCGGCGCGAUCGCCGUGACCCAAGCGGCCGUCGCGGCGCUGGGAGGCGCCGGCGGCGCCGCGCGGCCGCCGGCGGCGGCCGGCGGGGUGGAGCGGGCGGCGGGUGGCGGUGGCGGCGGCGGGACAGGCGGGGCCCUGGAGGAGGACGGCGGGCGGUGGGGAGAUGGGGAGAGCUGGGGCGCUGAGUUGGACGCCAGACGGUGCACGCAGGCGGCCGACGGGCACACCCAGCCGCUGCUGCUACCGCAGCAGCCACUGCAGCAGCAGCAGCAGCUGCAGCAGCACGAAGAGGAUGUGGUUUCAGCGGCGGGCAGCGUGCACGCGGGCGAUGAAGGGCGGCCGCAGAAGCGGCGGCGCGGCUCGCCUCGGGAGUCCCUGCUGCCGCCGCCGUCGCAGCAGGAGCAAGAACAGCAGCAGCAGCAGCAGCAGCAGGAGGAGGAGGAGGACCAAGGGCAGGAACAGCAGCAGCAACAGCAGCAGCAAGAGCAGCGGCAAGAGCAGCGGCAACAACAGCAGCAGCGGCAGCAGCAAGAGCAGGGGCAACAGCAAGAGCAGGGGCAGCAGCAGCAGCAGCAGCAGCGUCAGGAGCAGGAAGGGCAGCGGGGUCAAGAGGAGCUUCGAUCACCUGAACGCAAGGCAAGCCAGGAGCCCGGGAGUGCAGGGCAGGAAAACGUGCCGGGCAGCAAGCACGCAUCGGGUGCAGCAUUGGGCAGCCAGCAGGCAGCCACGACGGCGCAGGAGCAAGAUGCGGCGGUUGUUGCCUCAGCGGCCGCUGGCGACCGCGGCAGCAGCCCAGGCGCGCGAUCGAAUCGGGGCGGCAGCUGCGGCGAGCACGCCGUCCCCGGGUCGGCACCCCCGGGUAGCCACGGCGCCGGGGCGCCUUUCGAGGGCGGAGGCUGCGGUCGGGCCUUGAAGCGCCGCCGGGCGCCGUUGUGCAAUGGGAGGGCGUCCCCAGCCAGCAGCUGCGCCACAAGGGACGGCAGCGACGACGGCGGCGGUGGUGGCGUGGGGGUGAGGGGCGCUCCGGCUGCGCACAAGUCAGGUGCCCCGGCCGAAGAGGCAGCGGCCGCGCGUCCUGCGGCGUCAGACGGCGCGGGUGUGGGGCAACGCCAUGCGGCGCACCCGCAACCAUUGCCUGAGCCCGCUCGACAGCUGGCGGGCGCGGCCCCUGCGCCUGUGGGGCUGGCGGGUGCUGAGGGCGCUGGCACCACAGCCAUGGAGGUGGAUGGCUUGGGCGGAGAGCAGCAGCAGCCGCCUCGGCCGCCACAGGCAACGAGGCAGGCGCUGGAGGAGCGUGAACAGCAGAAGGGGCAGCAGCAGCAGCAGGAGCAGGAGCAGGAGCAGCAGCAGGAGCAGGAGCAGCAGCAAGAGCGGCAGCAGCAGCAACAGCAGCAGCAGGAGCAGCAGGAGCAGGAGCAGGAGCACCACCAGCAGCAGCAGCAGCAGGAGCAGGAGCACCAAUGGGCCGACGAGCAGCAGCAGGCGCCUGGCCUGCUCGACCGGCGCCUCCAGCAACAACUAGAGGAGGGGCAGCCCGGGGGCUACGGGGAGUUGCUAGAGGGCCAAGGCGAGGCAGAGUGGCAUCAGCAGCAUCAGCAGCCACAGCAGCAUCAGCAUCAGCAGCAGCAGCAGCAGCAGCAGCAGCAGCAGCAGCAGCAGCAGCAGCAGGAGGAGCAGCAGCAUGGAGACAGCGGCGAGGGUGUUGCCGGGGCCACGCACAGCGCCAGCCGCCGCAGAGGCACGACCCCCGCCGCCGCCGCGCCGCGCGCGGGGCCUGCAUCGACGGCGGCGCGGUACGCGAGCCCGGACGUGCUGGCCGGCGCGGCCGCGAGCGACCAACUGCUGACAGGCAACCUGCCAAAGCUGCUGCAGGCGCUCGCAGACGCGGUGCUGCCGCAGCAGCAGCCGCACGGCGGCCCGCACGCUGCCGCUGCCGCCCCCGCUCUGCUCGCCGCUGUGCUGCAGGCAGCUCAGGCCUCCGGCCUCGCUUCCCUCCCCCCGACUCCGCCCGCCCCGCGCGUGUACGCACCCCCCGCACUGCCGCCGCCGCCCGCCGCGCCGCCGCCCGCAGCCGCGGUGCCGCCCUUGGGCGUGGGCCCGGCGCUGGCGCUGCGGCUGCAGCAAGCCGUCGAGCGGCGCGUGAGCGAGCUGGUGGCCAGUCCGCGGCUGCAGUCCGCCAUCGACGCCGCGCUGCUGGCCAGGGUGGACAAGUAUGUCGACCUCGCCCUCAGAGGACCGGCCGGGGACGCCCUCAUCGCAGCCAUCGCUGGCCGCGAGGCGCCCGCGACCGCGCCCGCGACCACGCCCGCGCCUGCGCCCGCGCCACGACGCCACUCGCUGCCGGCGGCGCUGAGUCCCGCCGCCGCGGUGGCCGCGGCGACAGCGGCGGCGCGGCGGUCGCUGCCGGCGGCGGGUGAGCCGUGGCAGCCGUCCGGGUUGGGCGGGUUUUGGGGCGGUGUGAACGGAGGGGAGGUGGUGGGAGGGGCGGCGCCGGCGCAUGCGGCCGGCUGCGCCAACCCUGGUGCCAUUGUGGAGGCGCCCAGUAUGAUAGAAGAUCUCUUGGAUCAGCUGCUGGGUGCGGCCGGCGCUGGCGCCGGCGCGCGGCAGGGAUCGCCGGGCGUCGAAGGUCCCGCAGACGGUGGCAGGCGCGCCGCGGUGUGA